AUGCAUGACCGAGCGCUUUCAGCUAGGAACGCGCGUCAUGCGGUUGAUGCAUUUCUAGCUAUUUGGAUCUGUUAUCAGUCAAAUAUCGUUGAGGUUCAAUAUUAUUCAAUCCUCAUGAAUUCGUUCAAUGACCAGGCGUGUGCCUUGUGUGGAAAGGUUGUUUCUACUAAACACGGUAUGGCUAGACAUUUAAAAAUUGUUCAUGAAGGUCUCGAAGAAUGUAAAUGUGACUCAUGUGGACGAAAGUUUACCACAAAAUUUGCCCUCCAUCGACAUAUUCGAAAAGUUCAUGAAGGUAUAUCAGAACUUGUUCUUCCUUGUGCUUGUUGUGGGAAGAAAUUCUCUGCCAAACAUGGUCUAGAGCGCCAUAUGAGACUGAUACACGAAAGUGCGGAAUUGUGCAUCUGCCCUUUGUGUAACAGGAGUUUUUCAACCAAGUUUGCUUUUAAUCGUCAUACAAAAACUGUGCACUCAGAUUCAAUCAGCCUAUGUUCCCCGUGUAAUAUGCUAUUUCCAUCAAAGUUCGCUCUUCUUGAACACAACCUUACGGUCCAUAAUACUUCAAAGGUGUUUGCUUGUCAUGAAUGUUUGAAAUGUUUUCCUGAUACAGAGUCACGAAGAAGCCACGAACAAAAUGAUCAUGGUGUUGGGACUUCAAACAUGUAUUCGCCAACGACGCAAUCAUCUUAA